CGGGUGAAGAUGGCGGCGGCGCCGUGAGUUGGAGGAGGCCGCGGGAAGAGAGGGGAACGAGGGCGGGGGGAAUCCAAGCUGGCCGGAAUCGAGAGCGGCAGGAGCAUUACCGACCCGAUUUGAGCUAUAGAGACACCGAAGUGGAAAAUGACAUCUAAAGGCACCAGCACAUCCUACUCCAGGAGAAGUUAUCGACUGACCUCUGACACAGAAAAACCAAAGGUCACAGGUUUUGUGAAUGAUAAGCUCCUCAGCAACUACCUCCACCAUGCCUUCCCCAGCUUUGAGAACGCACAACUGGCUGCUACAUCCAGGAAGCCAUUGAACUUUCAGAACCUGAAUGAACAUUUGGAUCGGCUGCUGGCUGAGGGACUGGACAAUGAGGCUGAAGACAAAGAUCAAACUAUGGAUGGGCGCCUUGGUCCAGCCACAGUGGUCCUGGAUCACACAAGUGGCUUUGAGGGGUUGCUACUUGUGGAUGAUGAUUUACUUGGGGUUGUUGGCCACAGUAAUUUCAGCUCAAUCAGAGCUACCUCGUGUGUGUAUAAAGGAAAGUGGAUGUAUGAAGUUCUGAUCUCUUCUCAGGGAUUGAUGCAGAUUGGCUGGUGCACCCUGCACUGCAGGUUCAAUCAGGAGGAGGGGGUUGGUGACACUUCAGAUUCAUAUGCUUACGAUGGAAAUAGAGUGCGCAAGUGGAAUGUCACCACCACUAACUAUGGAAAAGCUUGGGCAGCUGGAGAUAUUGUCACUUGUGUGAUAGACCUGGAUGAAGGGAAAAUUGCCUUCUGCCUAAAUGGAAUGUCCUUGGGAAUUGCUUUUGAAGACAUCAGAUUAGGCCCUGGAAUAGCCUACUUCCCAGCAAUCAGUCUGUCGUUCAAAGAAUCAGUGGCGUUCAACUUUGGGAGCCGUCCAAUCCGAUACCCAGUGGAAGGCUAUCGCCCCAUGCAGGACCCACCAGAGGCAGAUUUGGUGAAAGCACACAAACUCCUAGGAUAUCUGAAAAAUGUGAUCACUACUAGUAUGGACACCCAGGAAGGGAUACUGACGGAACAGGAUUCUGCAAUAUGGCAAGCCCACGGGGAGCCCACUGUGCUCAUUACUCUCGCGCACAUCUUCAACCGCUUUGCACCCCUUUUGUGUAAAGUUUACCUAGUGGAAGAUGUGUUGAUGGCCUAUUUCUUGGGCAUAUUGGAGGGAGGCGGGGCAGUGGAUGAGCAUCCUCUGAUUCAACACUUACUGGACCUCAUGUGGCUCCUCAUGGAGGAUUAUGAAGUCCAGGAGUGUUUGAAACAGCUGAUGAUGUCACUACUUCGUGCGUACAGAUUUUCUCCGAUCAUUCCUGAUUUAGGGCUACAGAUCCACUAUUUGCGCCUUAGCAUAGCUAUUCUGAAGCAUGAGAAAACCAGGAAAUAUCUGCUCAGCAAUGUCUUAUUUGAUGUGCUGAGAUCAGUGGUGUUUUUUUUCAUUAAGACCCCUCUUCGAGUGGAGGAAGCUGGGUUAGAGGAACUCAUUCCCACCACUUGGUGGCCAACCAAGUUUGACAAGGAGGGCAAAGAGGUGAAGGAAGAAUGUGCUGAGGAGAGGUUGAGGCGUCGGGCCUAUGAGCGUGGCUGUCAGCGAUUAAAGAAACGUAUUGAGGUUGUGGAAGAGCUACAGAUCCAGAUCCUGAAAUUAUUUCUCAACAACAAAGAUAAGGGAUCGAGCGAGGCAUCCAGAUACAUUUUCCUCAGUAAGUUUAGAAAAUUUUUGCAGGAGAAUGCCAGCAAUCGAGGGAAUCCUGCAAUCCUUUGCCCUCCUGAAUACAUGGUCUGCUUCCUGCACCGACUGAUCGCUGCUUUGCGAAGCUACUGGGAUGAGUACAGGCGGAGGAAUCCAUCAGCAGUACUCAGUGAAGAUGCUUACGUCCCCCCUCAGCUCUUCUUCAAUGGGAAGGUGGAUUACUUUGACCUGCAGAGACUUGGUGGCCUUCUUUCCCAUCUGAAGAAAACUCUGAAAGAUGAUCUUGCAUCAAAAGCCAACAUCAUCAUUGACCCUGCAGAGAUCUCUGCCAUUUCAAUGGACGACUUGGAUGAGGAUGAUGAAAAUGUAACUCAACAGCAGAGGCCAAGUGGUGCUGCUGCAGGUGGGGGAGCUCUUGCCAGGCCAAGCUGGUUAAGUUCACCAACACUGGGACGAGCUAAUAGGUUCCUAAGCACGGCAGCUGUGAGUUUGAUGAAUCCCCGUCGAUCCCUGGCCACAGUGGAAAAGGUGAAGGUUCGUACUCUGACUGUGGAGCAGAGGACAGAGGAGGACAUUGAAGGAAGCCACGGAAAUGAUGGCCUGUUGUUAGGGCGCCCCCCUGAUGAACCGGAUCACCCGAUCACAGAGAAAUCUUUACUGGAAAUUCUAGAUGGAGCUAUUAUGAUGUACAACCUCAGUGUGCACCAGCAACUUGGCAAGAUGGUGGGUGUGUCGGACGAUGUCCAUGAAUAUGCAGUGGCGUUGAAGGACACCGAAGACAAAAUUGCAAGAUGUCCUACAAAGAGGAAGGAUAUACUGGAUGAAUUGACAAAGAGUCAGAAAGUCUUCUCUGCGAAGCUGAAUCACCUGAGUCGCCGGCUAGCGUGGAUCAAUGCCACCAUUUACUCCAAGGAGAAGAUGCUGGACAUCUAUUGGCUGCUGCAGGUGUGCAUACGAGUAAUCGAACACAGUGACCGGACAAGGACGCUGUUCGCUUUCAUGCCAGAGUUCUACAUGAAUGUUGCCAUGAACAGCUACAGUGCUCUGAAGAAUUACUUCAGUCCAGUCAACAGCAUGGACGAACUGCCUGGGUAUCAGGAGACAUUGAGUCGAUUGGCUGCCAUCCUUGCCAAGCACUUUGCUGACUCUCGAAUUGUGGGAACAGAUAUUAAAGAUUCUCUGAUGCAGGCUCUUGCCAGCUACGUCUGCUACCCUCACUCCCUGCGAGCCGUUGAACGUAUCCCAGAGGAACAACGUGUGGCCAUGAUGAAGAAUCUCUUAGCUCCAUAUGAACAGCGUCCAUGGGCCCAGACCAACUGGAUCCUUGUGCGACUCUGGAGGGGAUGCGGAUUUGGAUACAGGUAUACACGGCUCCCUCACUUACUGAAAAGUAAACCGGAAGAUGCCAACAUGCCGAGCCUGCAGAAACCUUGUCCUUCUACUCUCCUGCAGCAACACAUGGCAGACCUGCUUCGCUCUGAUUCUGAAAUGGCAGCAAGUUUUCUGAAUAGUGUGCUCAACCAGCUGAACUGGGCCUUCUCAGAGUUCAUUGGUAUGAUCCAGGAGAUCCAGCAGGCAGCCGAACGACCAGAGCGGAACUUUGUCGACAGUCGCCAGCUGAAAGUUUGCGCCACCUGCUUUGACCUUUCUGUGAGCUUGCUGAGGGUAUUGGAGAUGACCAUCACUCUUGUCCCUGAGAUCUUCCUGAACUGGUCCAGACCAUCUGCAGAACUGCUGCUGAGACGCCUUGCACAGGGUACUCACUUUAACAACUGGGCGCAGUACUUCCAGAGAGAGAAGGCACACGGCUUCAACAGCUUGUUUGAGUCUCGCAUUGUCCUUUGCACUUCUUCCUCUGUCUCCUGCUUGAUGGGUUCCCUUGAAAUACCUGAAAUGGCUGUGUAUUCCAAAGAGCUGAUAAACCAAGUGUUGAACCGAGUGACGGCUGAAAAGAAUCUUUUUGACCGUGUUGUCAAUCUACGCUUACCUGGAUUGGAGAGCGUGGAUCAUUACCCAAUCCUUGUAGCUGUGACUGGAAUUCUUGUCCGAAUCCUGGUUGACUCUGAUGUUCAAGGCAUCCAACGAGCAACAGCCGUGCUGCUGGCUGAUCCCUGCUUUCAACUGAGAUCAAUACAAUAUCUUCUCAGAGAAAAUGAGCUCUCAGCCCUGGGAGCAACACACCCACCAACUGAGAAGAAGCAUUUCUCCCUCCAAGCAUACCCAGAUUAUAUCAGCCUGGAGGAGCUGGGAAAAGUUGAAAGCUUGCUCUCCCAUUUGACCCGUGAGUCCACGCAGGCUGCGGCUACUGCGAUGCCCACCAGUGAGGAAGAUCUAUGCCCUAUCUGUUAUGCUCACCCAAUCUCCGCUGUCUUCAGGCCGUGUUCACACAAAUCCUGCAAGGCCUGCAUCAACCAGCAUCUGAUGAACAACAAAGAUUGUUUCUUCUGCAAGGCCAUGAUCACAGCAGUGGAUGAUUACACAAAACCAUCCUCCUCCUAGUUGUUACUGACCCUGCUUUUCAACACUGAGGGUAAAGGAGAGAUGCUGCUUCAGUCAUUGGGGACUAUGCAUUAUGCAGGGAUCGGAAUGAUCAAUAUCCGAUGUUUACUAAGGGAGUGAUCGUCAGCGUUUCACUGAGCAGUGAUAUGCUUGUUAGACUGCUAUCUUGUUUCAAAUAUUGAUCACUAGUGACUGAGUCAAACAUGUUCUGAAGGGCAAUUUACAGAUUGGAUAUCGCUCUAUCCCUUGGAACACUGACAAGUAAAUUGUGUCUUAACAAUGAAUGCCACACUGGGUCCUAAUGCCUACCCCAUACCAUCUCAUGAGACAAAAAUUGGGGUCAAUUUUAAAUAUAUUGAAAGCAAUAGGAAACACAUGUCUGGGUGUCUCCUACUGUAUUGUUUGGUGUCAGUAAGAGCCAGGCAGGGGUUUGGAACAACCAGUUAAUUAUCCAGUAACCUGUGUUUUAUUGAUUAUUUUAUGCUCCAGGGAAGAACUGCCUGAAUCUCUUUCACUGGCCAUUAAGGUUUUUGUUGGGAACUUCUCACCACUGACAGUAUUUGCGUAUAUGUUGUUCAGCUGCAUUGUUCAAUGCCCUACUUUGUGCUGGAUUAGGUUUUAUCCUUAACCCAAUUCGUCAGAAAACAACGGGAACAUUUCCUUCAAACUCAAAGAUUCCGCCAGGCAUUCUGAGCAGUCUUGCUACACAAUCCUACAUGGGAAGUGUUUUGCUGCAAUUCCUGUCCAUCUGAUUGCUUUACCAGGGCUGGAUUCCCAGCUUAGGCCCCAUUAAUAUGGGGCUCAGGUUUUAAUUUGAUGUGCUUGACAUCGAGAAGCUGGCCCAGGCCCAGUAAUGCUGAAGUUUAUAGGCAUCCCUGAGUUGUCUUAUGGUGCUAUCAGUGAACCUUUCCAGUUGUGUCACCACAUUUUUGUCUGUGCCCCAGUCACAUCACUCAAAUGGCCAACUUCCCCAAGCCUCUCAUACCCAACUGUCUGACCUAGUGUCCCCUGCACUUCCAUCCUUUAAUGUUUUUCUCAUCAUUACCCCUUCAGUUUGAAUUUGAAGAAAUGUUUACCUAACCUAUCAAAAUCUUAAAUUGGGCCUGACACUGAAUAUUGCACAAGUCAGGAUCUUGUGUUUCCGUAUGUUCUAUGUUACUGUCCAAAGGCAACUAACAAAGGGAAAUGGCUGUGUUGUCAUAAUUUUGACACAGCUGUUUAUGACAGCAGAACAAUGUAAACCUCACUAACAUUAAUAGCAGUAAGAAAGUUGUUUUGUCUUGGAGUUGUCAUGACAUUUCGAUCCUAAAGAUUCUGGAUUUACAAUGGGAUUGAGGUCAAGGGGAUCUUUCUUACAAAUGUUAGAAGUUCCUGGAGACUUCUCCUUGUCCAUGUCCCAGUUUGUGAAACAUGUGUUAGUGACUAAAACUUGGCCAGCUUAAAUCAACAAGUUCUAAAAGUAAUAAUAAAGAAAACUGUUGGAAGAAAGAAGCCCAAUGCGUGAGAGGCAUGUCAGCACUGAGCUCUCAGACAGCAGUGGGAAGACAGUAUAAUUGCCCCAUGAGAGUUGUGCAGCUUUAACCGAUGCCAAAUCCUCCUGGUAGCAGGCUCUGCGACUGCCCAGAGCUACUAACACAGUAUGCAUGGAAGAGAGUUCUGACUCUCAAUCUUAAUGAUUUCCCCUUCUUCGCUAAUCAAACUUAAUUGUACCCACCAGACCUCAUUCACACCAGCAAUUGUGGUGACAAACACUGAGUCACCAACACUUGGUCAACCCACAACAUGCACUUCACCAAAACCACCUCACCUUGCAUCCAUCGAUGAUAGCUGGUCAAAUCUUGUAGCCCAACAGCAGUGCAAUUUAAAGUUGGAACUUAACAUUUCACACUGCAAGUGUCCCUAAAAGAACAGUGCAAUUGAUGGCCCUCCUCCAUCACCAGUUGGAUCUAUGGUUAUGGCUGUUGGGCUGUGCACAGAUGAGAGUAAGUUAAACCACUAACUUGUUAGAGAUGAGAAUCCAACAGAGCUGAGGGUUAACUGUAGAUGUUAUCUCUCAACCACAUUCAAGUACUGAAAGAUUGAACAUUGUGACUAGCUGUGUGGUUCCAAUAUAAAAGUGUGUUGUCACAGUCUGAGAACUGCCUGAGAAUCCCUUAAUGGUUCAGUACUUCCAGUUUAAUUUUUAUAAAACAAGAAUUCCACAAACAGUUGUUUCAAUGGUGAUUAUAAAGAGCACAGGUAGGUUACUAAGACCCAGUUCUGUUACUGUUAGUUGUGUUACAGGUGAGGGAAGGCCAAGUGGUAAGCCUUUUGUUCCACAUCACUGAAACUGCAUGCAGUGUGAAAACCCAAUGAUUCCUGCUUUUAAUACUUUUACUGGGAGUCCCUUUUGUUGGAGGUGUGGAGAGUGUGUGAAGCUGCUGCUUGUGUUGAAUUUGAUAGACUGUUCUUGUGUGAGUUUACAUGCAGACCUGAGCAUUAAAAUGAUUUAUCCAUCGUU